AUGGGCCUGGAGCUCUAUCUGGACCUGCUGUCAGCAUCCUGCCGUGCUGUCUAUAUCUUCGCCAGGAAGAACAGCAUCCCCUUUGACUUCCAGUUUGUGGAUCUGUUAAAGGGUCACCACCACAGCAAGGAAUACAGAGAGAUCAACCCCCUGAAGAAGCUACCCAGCCUCAAAGAUGGAAAAUUUAUCUUAUCUGAAAGUGUGGCCAUCCUUUUCUACCUGUGCCGCAAGUACAGCACACCUUCGCACUGGUACCCACCAGACCUGCACACACGUGCCCGCGUGGAUGAGUUCAUGGCCUGGCAGCACACUGCCAUUCAGCUGCCCAUGAACAAGAUCCUCUGGAUCAAGUUGCUGAUCCCAAUGAUCACAGGUGAGGAGGUUCCAGCUGAGAAGACAGAGCAGAUGCUGGUAGAGGCGAAGAACAACAUGCAGCUCUUUGAGGAGAAGUUUCUGCAGGACAAGAUGUUCAUCACGGGGGACCACAUCUCACUGGCCGACCUGGUGGCCCUGGUGGAGAUGAUGCAGCCCAUGGGAAGCAAGUAUAACGUCUUCGUCAAUAGCUCCAAGAUAGCUGAGUGGCGCAUGAGGGUGGAGCUGGCUAUUGGCUCUGGCCUCUUCUGGGAGGCCCAUGACCGGCUGAUGAACUUGGCAGAGUGGGACUGUUCAACAUUGGAUCCAAUGGUCAAGGAGAAGAUCUGCGAGUUGCUGCAGAAGUUCAAGUAGAAGCAGCCCAUCCUGCAAGGCCUGGCUGGCUCAACCUUUUUGAGCUUCCUUCCUUAGAGGAGAUGUUGAAAACAACUCCAGUUCUUUGCUUAAUAAAGUACUAAACAACCA